AUGCUGCCUUCAAACAACGUUCGGACGAUAUCGCUGUCUAAUUCUUUCAUGCAUACGACGAGUUCAUGUGAACUUGAUGAAGAGAUUUUCGAUGAUUUAAUUUGUCUGGAUGAAGAAGGAGAAUCGUUGGAAUCUAGCACGAGCGAAAAUCUAUCAGAGAUCAAGCAACAAACUCGUUACUCCAGAACGCAGUCAGAAUCACAUGUAAAGCAUCGGAGGAAACAUGAUAGUAUUGCACGAUAUCGUUUUCCGAAUGACAAACAAACGUCAUCACCUAAACACUGUUAUUACGAAAAAUCUCGUAUGACACGGAGCGAUUUUCAUGGAAGUGGAAGAUAUAGUGGAGUGAAAAGAGUCGAGAAUACGGAUGAACUUGCUACCGACACAAGUCUUUUAGAAGUUGAUAGCUGCGAAGGAGACGACACUGAUAGUUCGGAGUCAGGAAGAAAUAUGUGCUUAGAUCAGUCAUCAAGAAAAGAAGAGAAUAGGGUCAGUGUCAACCAUGCGAGCUUGGCAUCAUCAGCGGCUUUACCAAUAUAUGGUGAUGACGAGGAUUGGCCUUAUCUUUCCGGUGAUGUUGAUGAGGAAGCUGUACGAUUAGCUGCAAGCGUGGAUCCAGAUGUAACUGAUGAAGCAAAACAUGGUUCAAAGCAGAAUCCGCGAAAGAAAUGGAGUAUAGCUGAAAAGAUGAUUGACAAAUGGGACUCGGAACAGUACUGUAACAAUGAUGGGUCAUCCCAUCACAACGAUACUCCAGAUAAGCUUGAUGGUACAUGGUCGCUGCAUCUUUGGAAAUCCAUUUAUUCCACAACAAGACUGGAUGAAAAAACAAGGAAUUAUGCUGCAGCAUAUGGCUAUGAAAAUGACAAAGAUAUCAGUGCAAGGAGAAUGAAAGACUCUCUUCUCAAGACAGCACUGGAUUACGAAACCAUGGAACGCUUUACAUGCUCAGAAAGAAUACAAAGAGCGCAAAGAACAAAGGGUGAGCUUAGUGGUUCGGGGAAAUAUUUUCGUGAUUCGAAACGAUCGUUGAGAAAAUUCCCUUUAUUCACCUCACGAAUUAGGGAGCGCCGAUCAAUAGUGCAUGCGCAUCAAGAAACAAGUCAUAAUGUGGCGGGCAGUGAAUGUUCGCGAUAUCGAUGUCAAGAACUGAUGAAAUACCAUGAAUUUUCGGGACGACAUAGUCGCAUGGAGCAUAUUUCACUUUUUAUGUCUUCACAAAAUCGUCGAGAUUCAGUGCAAACCAGAGCUGGGCCUUUUUCACUUUACUCGAACAAAACAUAUGUGCCGUAUCCUAAUCCCUGGACAAAAGAGGAAACCACAACUAAUUUACGCAAAAAAUCAAGUAGAAUCAGUGAUGCUGUUAUUAAACGGUCUUAUCAAAUCAAGACCCAGUCAUUGGAUAACGGCGGAAAUAAAGGCAAGAAAGUAUCUUCCGAGAAUUCGGUUCCCAGAAUGGAGUAUAACAAGGCCAACUCAAAUAUUGUCCGAAAAAAGUGUGCGAUGCUUUCUUCCAUUAAUAGUGCUGAACUACCAAAGGCUAGUGAAAGGACAGUUCUUGCUAUAGAGAAGUACGCUAAGGUGGAAAUCCUGGAUGGAAGUGUUCAGUUUUCAAAAGGAAAAAUUGAACAUGAAGAAAUUCCGAAGAAGAAAUUACGGUGGAUUUUAACUUCUGAUCAGUUCCAAUCCGGUGGAAUAGAAGCAAAUUCUGUGGAACAUAAGAGUCGCAGUGAUCCAGAAGCAGUUGCAAGACAUCGAGUUAUCACUUUGACAAAGCAUUACCAUGACACUCCGAAAGGAAAUCCGAUCAAAUUGCGUCUUCCUAAUCUUCCCGUCACAUAA